GCAUAACUGGGCGUGGUGCAGGAGGUGUGCCGGUGUGCGGCGGUGGACAGUCUGCCGGCUGGCGUCGGCCGUCGCUCGAGAUGGGACUUCUCUCGGAAGGCUCGCCGCUCUCCUGGCCGGAGACCAAGGCGCUGGCGGCGCACGUGCAGCGCCACGGCAUCGAGCAGUUCAUCAGCCAGUUCAACCGGCUGAAGGAGCGGCGCGGCGACAGCCUCAAGUGGGGCGACGAGGUGGAGUACAUGGUGGUCCGGCUGGACCGGCGGGCGAGGACGGCGCGGCUGGCACUGCGCUCGGCCGAGCUGCUGGACCAGCUGCAGGCUACCGAGCGGCGCCACCCAGACGCGGCGCCUUCGCUCUGGCGGCCCGAGUAUGGCGCCUACAUGGUGGAGGGCACGCCCGGCCAGCCCUAUGGCAGCCUUAUCUCCUUCUUCAACACGGUGGAGUCCAACAUGCGCGCGCGCCGUCAGGAAGUGGAGGCGCUUCUGCAGCCUGAUGAGAUACUACUCAGCAUCACCAGCUUCCCCAGGCUGGGCUGCGGCACGUUCACCGAGCCGCCGUGUCGCCCGACGCCCGGCAGCGGCUCGUCGCGCUCGCUGUUCAUUCCCGAAGAGGUGAUUUUCCCGGCGCACCCGCGCUUCGCCACGCUCACGCGCAACAUCCGCGAGCGGCGCGGCAAGAAGGUGGCCAUCAACAUGCCGGUGCUGGUGGAUGAGCGCACGCCGCGGCCGUUCGUCGAGGACUUGGCGCGGCUGGGCGAUGACGGCAGUUCGCAGGCGGCCGCCCUGCCCGACCACGUCUACAUGGACGCCAUGGCGUUCGGCAUGGGCUGCUGCUGCCUGCAGAUCACCUUCCAGGCGGAGAACUUGUUGGAGGCUCGCCGGCUGUACGACCAGCUGAACCCGCUGUGCCCAAUCCUUCUUGCGCUGACGGCGGCGUCGCCAAUUCACCGCGGCAUGCUGUUGGCCACGGACUGCCGCUGGGACGUGAUCGCCAUGUCGUGCGACUGCCGCACGGACGAGGAGCGCGGCCUGACGCCGUUGCGCCAGGACCGCUUCGUCAUCCCCAAGUCGCGCUACGGCUCGACCGACUCGUACAUCUCGGAGUGCGGCCGGCCGUACAAUGACGUCGAGCUGGUGAUGGACCCGGCUCUGUUCGGCCGGCUGGCCGAGAGUGGCAUCGACGACCUGCUGGCCGGCCACGUGGCGCACCUCUUCAUCCGCGAGCCCAUCUCGCUCUUCUCCGAGAAGGUGCAGCAGGACGACGCCGUCGACAUGGACCACUUCGAGAACAUCCAGUCGACCAACUGGCAGACCAUGCGCUUCAAGCCUCCACCGGCCGGCAGCAACAUCGGCUGGCGCGUUGAGUUCCGGCCGUGCGAGGUGCAGCUCACUGACUUCGAGAACGCCGCCAUCGUUUGCUUCGUCGUGCUGCUCACGCGCGUCAUCCUCUCGUACAAGCUCAACUUUCUGAUCCCCAUCAGUAAGGUGGAUGAGAACAUGAGGCGCGCGCACAAGAAGGACGCCGUGCUGACCGAGAAGUUCUGGUUCCGCUCCGAUUUCCUGUGCGACGGGUCGCCGUGUGUCGACGCCGAGACCGAGUACAGCGAGCUGACCGUCAACGAAAUCUUCAACGGCAAGGGCGACGAGUUCCCUGGCCUGGUGCCGCUGGUGACGCACUACCUGAACGCGGUCAACAUUGACGCGGACACGCGCUGCACCAUGGGCCAGUACCUGCAGCUGAUCCGGCGGCGCGCCUCGGGCGAGCUGCAGACCACCGCCAGCUGGAUCCGCCGCUUCGUGGCCGGCCACGCCGACUACGCCCGCGACUCUGUCGUGCCCGAGAGCACGGCGUUCGACCUGCUGGUGGCGUGUCAGGAGGUGACGGCCGGCCGGCGCGCCGAGCCGACCUUGCUCGGCCGGCUCGGCUCGCGCACCGACAACCACCUGCCGGCCGCUAUCCUGCGCACGCCCUCGCUCUACAAGCAGGUGUAGGGGCGGGCUGACUGUCCGUCACUCGACCCCUGAGUGUAGGGGAAGGGGCAUUCUAUCAUAAGACAACCGAAAAUUUCGGAAGAUAAAACUCACAUUUUGUAAUCGCAUACAGAUUGGUCUGUCGGGUUGACGUAGGUCCGAAAGCCAACUGUGACGACGCCAAAAAAUCUAAGGAACGGUUUCCGAGAUAAAGCUUCGGGCAAGUUGCAAAAGCCAAAUUGAGAAUACUUUUUGGUCGUCUGUCAUUCAUAAACUAUCAGUUUGAUGAUGUUGAACCCCCGAUAGCACUGUAAUUGCAAGGAUGCAUGAAACUUAGCGCUCGGAAUUUCGCGAUUUCAAAUUUGAUCACUCGAGUCGGAACAUUUUUAAAAAAGUGACUUUAUUUUGUUCGCAUGCGAAAGUUAGGUUUUUGUAUUGGCUGUAAGCGACGCUUCGGACACCUGAUGGCAUGCCUCUGAACGGAAUGGCGAGAUCGAGAUAUCUGCGUCAGAUAAUGAGUAGACAUUCUAGGUGUAAUUUUAGGUGAUUUUGGACUGUUUGUGUCGGUUCAAGUCCAGGGUAGAGACGACAAGGUCAGGCUGAGGCCCUUUAAGGCAAUCAAGACUUGGGGUUCCAGGUCAAGUCCAAGUUAGAGGGCCCAAGGUCAGGUUAUUUGGAUUGUUUAUGUUAUUUGUUAUUUGGUUUUGGGAUUUGGAUUUUUGGACUGUUAUUGGGAAAGAUAUUAACUUCAUGACCACAAACACAUCGACUUCUCUUGGGCCACGGUCCUCAUCAGUAUUUUUUAAGCAUGUCGUAGACAUAAUGUGCUUCAGAUUUUAUCUUUCAGCUGUUCAACGCCAAAAGGUCACAGACAGAACGAAAGGCAUCCCGGAAGCAUCACGACUGUGCACAUGUAGACACCGGACCUCAUUCUCAACAACAUAUGCAGACCACACUGAUCCUGUACAAUCUUCCGCCGCGCUUACGCAACAGAGCAAUGCCACUUGGAUGCAAAUUUACCAGCAACUUGCUGAUUGACCCCAAUUGACCUCAAGCUGAUUCACGUAGUCGUCUCACCAGCGCAGCUUCUAAUAGUAUCACCGGUGACCGUGAUUUUUGACCACUUUGGCCCCCGGCUUUCGCAAUUUUUCGACAGUUGUCGCACUUUGAUUGUGGUCGGUCCACGGGGCGGAAGGUGGUGUCUCGGCGUCCCUUUUACGAUCCAUUUUGCAAUAUCUUUUUCCUUGCCACAUUUGUUUUUACCCUAGUUGAAUCUGAUAGGUUGAAUUUGAUAAACUUUAUGCGACAACGGAUCUGAUGAGUGUAUUCAUCAUUAUCCCUGUAUCUGUUCUAUCGCGGAUACAAAGAAAAAUAGACGAGACUCGCUGCGCACCUUCGCGGCCGUCCCUGCGUCCAGCAGGCAUAAAUCGGUCGCUUCAUAUGUAAACCCUACGUUUUCCGGGGCUCGGGUCAACCUAAUUUGUGUUUGUGCAGCUUUUCUCCGGUGGCUGGCUGCUUGGAUCCUUGACCAGUUCAUUCGGUAGUGAUUGCAAAAGAUAUAGCUGAUGUCAAGCUGUGGACCGGCCGAUCGCAUGCCUGACUAAGUCUCUCGAUAUCACUCUCAUUUGUUGGACGAUAUGGUUUUUAUGUAGCAUGUACGGGUCACUACAAUAACGGUACGACAUCGUGUAAUCUUCUAAGUUACUUUUUAUGACCUAUUAAACUUCCCGCCUCGACACAUGAGCCUAACAGCAAAAACCGUAACAUACGCGGAUAAAAUCAACAUGAAAGACGUUUAUAUGAACUCGAACAUCACACACAAACCUAGACAAUACAUGUAUAUGUAGCCGCUGUUUUCCAUGCUAUUGCUGGAAACUAUGUUGUCCAUGCCGACUGUACUUCUGCACUAUCCACAGAGCAGUCGGGCGUGCGCAACACCUUCCUCCCCGCGCCACGCCCAGGUCCGCCCGCUGUCCCUGCGGCCGCGCAUAACAGUCGAGCGUGCGCAACACCGCCCCCCCCCCGCGCCACACCUCGGUCCACUCUCUGUCCCUGCGGCCGCGCACGGCCGUGAUCAAAUCCUGGCACACAACAAUAUACGUGUAUGCGUGCAGAGCAGAGGAUAACGCAGAGCUGAGAGGGAUAAAGUCAACAGUCUUGUCGGCAUUUUAAUCAGCUAGUGCAGGUGUUCCUCGCAAAACCUUCCCGUUGAAAAUAUUUGCUAAAUGUAGCUUUGACCCUGACUUCAAGUCUCGUGACCUUCAAUAAAUUGACAUCCCCUUUGUGUAGACCCGUUGAAUUUCGUCGACCGUGUCUCUUUAUUGUACUUCAGUUCUGAGAUAUGUCACUGGUGUUACUGGGGUCGCAUACAGUCAAUUUUGUGAAACUCAGCGUAAGGUUUGCCGGACGAAAGCUACCUUUUUAUUUGAAAGGGCGUUGGUAAAACCUUAGUCGCCUUAGACAAAGAAAACAAAAAACAUUUACUUGCCAACGGGUCAACUUCACUGUAUACAAAUGAAGUCGUAAGGUCAAGUGGUCAAACUUGGAACGUAAAAUUCUAAGAUAGCUAGCAUGUUCCUUUUUUACUGCAAUUUCAAUGAUGUGAGGUUUAGCAUUAUCAGACUGAUAGUUUAUGAAUGACAGACUGCCAAAAAAGUCCUUUGAAUAUGACCUGUGCAAAUCGUCCGAGGCAAUUUUCUCUGAACCGUGCCCCGGAUGUUUUUUUUCGCUGUCACAGCUGGCUUCCGCGCCUGUGAUCACGCUAUCGGCCGAUUCACAUACGGUUCGAAGAUGUGGUUGUCUUAUAGUGGAAUGCCGCGGUGACUUCGCCGCCAGUGCCGUCGGGUGAAGGGGCGUGUUCGUCCGUCACUUUGCCGUCGGGUGUAGGGGCGGGUUCGUCCGUCACUUUGCGGUCGGGUGUAGGGGCGGGUUCGCUCGCCACUCUGUCGUCGGGUGUGGGGCUGGCUGGUUCGCAGGAACACUCAGGGUGCGGCCUCAGUGGUGCACGCGUGUCGUAGGUGGUGCGCCGUUUGUGCCGACCGCCAAGGUCCAAUUAGGGUCUGCCCACCAGUGACUGAGCAUUGGGAGUCGUGCGCGGCCAUGCACCGAUGCGAGGACUACAGGGAAUCAUGCGCGGCGCGGGAAUCACGGGAUCACUUCUCUGCGGGCCUGACGCCGCUUGUUGGUGGCCCGACGUGUGGCGUUCAUGUCGGCAUCCGCACAGCCUCUCCACAGCUCAGCCCUUUACAGCUGGGGUCACGCCGGCCUUGGUCUUAUUCCUCUCGGUGUCCGCGUGCGGGUGUUGUACGCCAUUUACCGGGUCGCCGGACCGCGGCUGCCCAGGCUUGUGGACCACAUGAAGUCCACCCCCAUCAGCCAGCCCCAGCGCGCUCCAGAACUUCGCCAUCAAGAGUCGUGACCAUUUACCGACCGCUGCGGCGAGCGUGGAUGAACCGGUGUCGUGCAGACGGGGUCACCACGUUCGAUGCGAGGUCGCGAUCGCGACACGCUCUGUCAGGUCGGGCAGUCCCGCCCGUUUCCGUUUGCUGUGGACGGCGUCGACGGGGCGCGAGCUGGUGCCCGCGGCGUUGGACUGGUGUACCGCUGUUGUUUACUCACUGUUGGAGGACACGUGUGGUCCGACCUCUCGGCAGGAGGCUUUAGUCCCAUUCCGCCUAGAGGGCGGUAGUAGCGUGCAAUAGGUUAGGGUCAGGCCGUUGAACGCCUCGAGCCUGGGUUGUCGCCGUUGAUUUACGCCGUGUGAGUUGCAGACGUCGUUGGCCUCUAUAAUUUCGUUGUUUGGCCGCGGGCGGGUUUCAACGCACCGGACGUGAAAUGCUAAUCGCAUUGUCUGGCUAUCGAAUGCUUGUAGUAAAUGUACGGGAGACGCGAGGCUCACACACUCCACACUGAGUUAUACGCAUGUUGCAUUCGCUUUCACAUAAUAUGACAGAUUGGGCUA